UUUUCAUUCUAAAUGUUCUUGAGAUCCCAAUUUACAUAACAAGUUCACACCCUAAUCCACAUCACCUACACAUUCUACCUCCCGAUCGCCGAUCCCAUUUGAUUUCCCCUUUCUCCAUCAAUCAUGGCUUGCAUCAAGGGGGUGGACAGAUCCGCCUCCGUCGCGCUGGCUCCCGACGCUCCUUACAUGGCAGCCGGAACCAUGGCGGGAGCCGUGGAUCUAUCCUUUAGCUCUUCCGCCAGUCUCGAGAUCUUCAAGCUCGAUUUUCAGUCAGACGAUCGCGAUUUGCCGCUGGUUGGGGAGAUCCCGUGCUCGGAGCGAUUCCAUAGACUCGCGUGGGGAAGAAACGGAUCUGGAUCCGAUGAGUUCUCCCUCGGUCUCAUUGCCGGCGGCCUCGGCGAUGGAAACAUAGAUCUGUGGAAUCCGCUCUCUUUAACCAGUCCCCAGUCCAGUGUAAAUGCACUCGUUGGACAUCUUUCAGUUCACAAAGGCCCCGUUCGUGGUCUUGAGUUUAAUGCAAUCACCCCAAAUCUACUUGCCUCUGGGGCGGAUGAUGGUGAAAUUUGCAUUUGGGAUCUAACUAAGCCUUCUGAGCCUUCUCAUUUUCCCCUUCUCAAGGGAAGUGGUUCUUCCACGCAAGGUGAAAUCUCCUUUAUAUCGUGGAAUAGAAAAGUUCAGCAGAUAUUAGCAUCUACCUCCUACAAUGGGACUACAGUAAUAUGGGACUUGAGGAAGCAGAAGCCUUUAAUUAACUUUGCAGAUUCCGUUCGACGCCGGUGCUCUGUUUUGCAAUGGAACCCUGACAUUGCUACUCAGAUCAUGGUUGCGUCAGAUGACGACAGUUCACCUACUCUGAAGCUCUGGGAUAUGAGAAAUACAAUGUCACCUGUGCGCGAGUUUACUGGACACCAAAAAGGUGUGAUUGCGAUGGAAUGGUGUCCAAGUGAUAGCUCAUAUCUUCUUACCUGUGCUAAGGACAACCGAACUAUUUGCUGGGACACUAAUACAGGAGAGAUUGUGGCUGAGUUACCUGCUGGCAACAAUUGGAACUUUGAUGUUCAUUGGUACCCAAAGAUACCUGGAGUUAUAUCAGCAUCUUCAUUUGAUGGGAAAAUUGGCAUCUACAACAUCGAGGGUUGCAGUCGCUAUGGUGCUGAAGACAGUACUUUUGGUACUGCUUAUUUAAAAGCACCGAAAUGGUAUAAGCGCCCGGUUGGUGCAUCUUUUGGAUUUGGGGGAAAGCUAGUAUCGUUUCAGUCGAAGGCCCCUCCGAAGGGUGCCUCAUGCAUUCCGUCUGAGGUUUUUUUGCACAGCCUGGUAACAGAACAGAGUUUAGUGAGUCGUACUUCUGAAUUUGAAGCUGCCAUAGAAAAUGGAGAUAAGACUUCUCUAAGGGGUUUGUGUGAGAAGAAAUCUGAAGAGACUGAAUCCAAAGAAGAGAAAGAGACAUGGGGCUUGCUGAAAAUGAUGUUUGAUGAGGAAGGAACUACAAGGACAAAGUUGAUCAGCCAUCUUGGCUUUAGUUUGCCUUCUGUAGAACAGGAUCAGACUGUAAAUGGGCUCUCUUCAGAUCUGAAUGGCAUCGAAUUAGAGGAUACUGCAGUGCAUGCACGGGAGCCUGAGGAAAGUAACGAGGCAGCUGCAUUUGCUAUGGACAAUGGAGAAGACUUCUUUAACAACUUUCCUGCUAAACCGGAUACACCCGUAUCUACCUCCGCCACAGAUUUUAUACCUCCUGACACAGAUUUUGCUGCCAAAGAAGAAGAAACUCAAGAAAUGCCAGAAGAAGAAGAAGAUGAAAGUUCUGACCGUGUAUUUGAUGAUGCCAUCCAGCGUGCUUUGGUUGUUGGAGACUACAAGGAAGCGGUGGAUCAGUGUAUAUCUGCAAAUAAGAUGGCUGAUGCUUUAGUUAUUGCUCAUGUUGGUGGUACAGCGUUGUGGGAGAGUACUCGUGAGAAAUAUUUGAAGAUGAGCAGUGCACCUUUCAUGAAGGUUGUUUCUGCAAUGGUGAACAACGAUCUCACCAGCCUUGUCCAUACAAGGUCACACAAGUACUGGAAAGAAACUCUUGCUCUCCUAUGUACUUUUGCACAAGGAGAACAAUGGACCAGCCUGUGCGAUGUCCUUGCCUCAAAGUUGAUGGCUGCUGGUAACACUUUGGCUGCAGUUCUGUGCUACAUUUGCGCAGGCAAUGUCGACAGAACAGUAGAAAUUUGGUCGAGGAGCCUUGCAAAUGAGCGUGAUGGAAGAUCUUAUGCCGAGCUUCUUCAAGAUCUUAUGGAGAAGACUCUUGUCCUUGCUUUGGCAACUGACAACAAAAAGUUCAGCGCAUCUCUGUGUAAACUCUUUGAGAGUUAUGCGGAGAUAUUGGCCAGCCAAGGGCUUCUUUCAACGGCAAUGAAGUACUUAAAAGUUCUGGAUUCUGGUGGCUUGUCACCUGAACUUUCUAUAUUACGUGAUCGCAUUUCUCUUUCUGCAGAACCUGAGCCAAGCACUGUAGCUUCAGGCAACAUUCAGCUUCAAAGCACCAUGCCAUAUACCCAGGAGCCAACUCAGGCGCAACCAAACGUCCUUAGUAACCCAUAUGAUAAUCAGUAUCAACAACCAUACACUAAUUCUUAUGGCGGAUAUGGCCCCACAGCUGUAAAUCCACCCAUGCAGCAAGCAACCAUGUUUAUGCCUCACCAAGCUCAGCCAACUCCGCAGCCAUCUUAUCCUCCGGCUCCUGCAAGCAAUGCUCAGCCAUCCAUGAGAUCUACUUUUGUUCCUUCAAGUCUUCCUGCACUGAAGAAUGCAAACCAAUAUCAGCAGCCAACCAUUGCUUCCCAUUCAUUCACCGGACCAUCUAACAAUGCAUACCCUGUUCCCCCCGGUCCUGGUUCAUAUGUACCUUCUGCCCCUUCACAAGUUGGGCAAUAUUCUAACCCCAUGAUGUCCCAAGUCGCUGCUCCAGGAGCUGGACCCAUAGGAUUCACGCCUAUGCCAACUCCAGGAGUUGCUCCAAGAUCUGUAAUAGGUUCUGUGCAACCAGCAAGUCCUCCAGCACCGCAGGCAGCCCCUGCGCCUGCAGCUCCGCCACCAACUGUUCAGACUGCAGAUACUUCCAACGUCGCAGCGCACCAGAAACCUGUGGUAGCAACGUUGACAAGGCUUUUCAAUGAGACAUCGGAAGCACUGGGAGGCGCACGUGCAAAUCCUCCUAAGAAGCGUGAGAUAGAAGACAACUCAAAAAAAUUAGGGGCUUUAUUUGUGAGACUCAAUAGCGGAGAGAUGGGCAAGAGUGCCGCAGACAAACUCGGACAGCUCUGCCAAGCUCUGGACAACCAUGACUUCAGUACCGCCCUUCAGAUACAGGUACUUCUGACGAACAGCGAAUGGGAUGAGUGCAACUUCUGGCUGUCGGCAUUAAAGAGGAUGAUCAAGACCAGGCAAAAUGUGCGGUGAUUUGUAAACUUUCUGGGUUGAGCAAAGAUUAUAAAUCCACAGGAGAGAUUCCUUUUACUUUCUUUAUCUACCUUCUCUUUAAAACACUGUUGCUACUACAAUCUUUUUUUUUUUGCAUCGAAUACCUCAACUUUCUUUAGAUAAGAUAGUAGAGAUCUGAUUGCUUGACAUUCUCAUGUUUUUGAUGUGUACCUCACCGGACGAGUUUUGUUUUGUCUCUCUUUUCUUUGGACGAAUUUAAUUUGUUGUUCUGUUAUUUAUGUCACCUCUUUGUCAUAUUGGAGAUAAAAAUUUGAAAUGAA